UGCGUCAGACCUGAAAGCUUAUCAGUGGUUGUCCUUUCAAUUCCCUCUUCUUUUAUCUCUUACUAUUUAUUAUUUCCGUUUAUCAUCGCACAAAGAAUCCCGGGCCAAUUUGCCUCCCUGCCUGGAUAAAAUCUCUCAGAUUUGUAUUCCCUCAGCAUUCCUCUUGCAUAUCAAUUUCCCCGAGAGGCGAACGAAAUUACGAGAGAUCCCAAGAACGAGGCAAUUAUCUUAGCGACACUGCAACCACCCAGAGCCACCCGUCGCAAUAUUACCACCGCCUGAGACAAUUGUUCCAACCAGUCGCCCUGUCAACCUUGCUGGCAAAUCCCUCAUUCUCCAUAUCCUUCAGGGGAAGAGAAACUCGGUGCUCCACCGCUGGGAACGGCGUCUUUUCUCUUUUUUUUUUGGCGCAAGGUACCAACACCAGAUAGGAAUCGGGGCUAGUAUAUUAGUUUUUUUUUUAUUUAUACAUAUCCUCACCGCUCUCCAUGACUCAAGGACAUUAUUAUCAUCCUCACCACCGCCGCACCCUCUCGGGUUCGAAUGUUCCUAAAGUGAGAACGGCUCGGCCAACGCUACAUCGGAAAGGCACAUCCUUUGUGAACCACUCCAUCGCCAAGCUAGGCUCAGGGAAUCCUCGUCGCUGCCAAUCGGAGGACGACCGUCAGCUCGACAUGGCGGCCAGCUUCUUGAAUUUCUGUGCCAUGUGCGAGAGGCAGAUUACAGUACCAGAUAACUCGCUUCUUUACUGUAGUGAAAGCUGUCGCCGCAAAGAUUCUCAUAAACCUCUCUCGGCCUCUUUCUCUUCCAGCAGCUCCAUGUCCUCUUCAUCUACUCCUCCUACCUCACCCCCCAUGUCUCCUCGAAUCAUAGUGGCUCCGAUGACGCCCACGAAAGUGCCCAUGUCGACCCCGGCUAUUCGGAUACCUGGCGAAUUCAAUGACUCCAAGACGGAUCAGGAUCCCUCCGAAUGGAAGCCCGUAAUACCGGCGAGCUCCAGCGGCACGUCGCCGCUGGCUUCCUCCGAUGCGUGGCAUUACUUGUCUCAAUUCCACGGCGGCGAGGCUGCGCUCAUGCGUCGUCCCAAAGCCGAUCGCCACAGCUCGACCAGCCUGUCUACGCUCAUGAGUGCCCCGGCACCCAUUCCGUCUCUCGCCCACACGCCGUCCACCGUCGCGUCGUCGGUCAGCAGCAAUGCAUCUGACUACAUGAGCUACGUUCCGGAUUCGGCUUUCCGCCCGCUGCCUCCUCGGCACAACCCCUCGUUCUCAAGCAGUGCUUGUGCUACUAAGGGUGUCGAGCUCGUCGUGCCCCAUGUGGAAAUCCAAGCGGACGACGCCCCGGUCGAUGACACCCGAGGAUCGAUCUUCCCGGCCAACAGCUCCCUUUGGGAUGACGCCCCGAACCAAAAGGUUCCCUUGGCAAACGCGGAAAUCGGGAUCGCCACUCAGCCGUCUUCAUGA